GUCUUCAAAGGCGCAAAACGACCCUUUGCCCAGCUUUGAUCUGAUUGAACGACAAUGAACCUCUCAAACUGCAGCAAAACUUUGAAAUGGUUGCUAAAAGAUGUAGAAGCUUCACUGUAGUUAGUGAAGUGAGUUAGCAAGUCAGAGUUUCGUUUUUGGACAGCCCAGGUUGUGAAGUGGGGGGCGGUCUAGCCUAGAUAUUCUCCUCUAGAUGGCCAGUCAUAUUUCAAGACCUCUCUUUGCCUCGCUUGCAUCGGCAGCAGGUGUUAUCAUACAAUGAUAACGAGUCGCGAGAGACAAGGCAUAUCGCUCUACAUUAUUCACUCAUAUACUAUUGUGGAUGCGGAGGAACCGUUGAGUUGAGGACGGAGUCAACACACGAAUAAGGUGUAGCCUUCAGUAGCUUGACCAGUUUGAAGUGACCCUAACCUAUCACAGGGUGCAGCACUUAAGUGGGUGGAGUCAUCUGAAGGAGUGACCAAUGAGUCCCUUCGCUUGCUGGGUGACCUUCUGUUCUCUGCCUAUCUGGUGGAUCGUCCUGCUGCACAUCUCUGAACAGAGGGUCAAUGCUGGAGAGACGCUGGGCUCGUGUGAUGGCAGAGACUGCUCAGUGUGCAGCUGUCUCCCCGCCAAGGGAGCCCGGGGGGCCCCAGGGAAGCUGGGGAAGCAGGGGCCACAGGGCCCAGAUGGCAUCAGCGGCUCCGCAGGGCCUCACGGAGAGAAGGGGAGGAGCGGUGUCGAGGGACCACCUGGGCUGGAUGGGAAAAAAGGGGAAAGGGGUCCGACUGGUCACCCAGGAUUUCCUGGUAUCGAUGGUGUCAAUGGUCACGUUGGUGCUGGGGGGAAUCCUGGUCUGCCGGGGCUAGACGGCUGUAACGGGACCAGGGGACAGACAGGGAUACCUGGGGUUCAUGGCACGAACGGAUUGCCUGGACCCAGGGGAUAUCUCGGUCCCAAAGGAACAAAAGGGGAGCCUGUCUACAAUGUAUCUGGACCUGGCCUUCCUGGCGACCCUGGGCCUCCUGGAAGAUCUGGAUCACCUGGCCAUGUGGGACCCAAGGGUCACACAGGCCCUGCUGGACCUAAUGGAAAUGAUGGUCCAGACGGUCCACCCGGGGCUAGAGGAGAACCAGGUGACACUGGCAGAUCACUGCCAGGCAUUAAAGGUGAUGAGGGGGACCAGGGUCAACCAGGGCCUCCGGGGCCUGAGGAGAUCGUCGAGCCUCCAGACCUUUUCUACCCCAAAGGAGACAAGGGGGAUAAAGGGGUUCCUGGACCAUGUGGACCCAGAGGCAUAACUGGAGAACAAUCCUAUGAAGGACUAAAGGGAGAAACUGGAAUCCGUGGCUUUCCUGGCCCUCGGGGUUACAUUGGAUCUACCGGCCUGCCUGGAACGCCUGGACCACAGGGCUAUCCUGGAGACCAAGGGUUUCCUGGUCUGAUCGGCAGGUCAGGACCAACGGGCUUCCCAGGAGACAAAGGCAUCAGAGGACCGGCGAGCCAAAUAUACCACAAUUCCACUGUAGCAGGUUACCCUGGUGAUCCCGGCCCCCAGGGUCCAAGGGGAGCACCAGGAGACAUUGGAGAGAUGGGCAUUAAUGGACCUCCCGGACCACCAGGGGUAUUAAGCUCCACAGGUCAACCAGGGCAGCUAGGUUACCCCGGUCUCCCUGGUCCUAAGGGUUUAAAGGGGGAGCCAGGAAGGUACUACACUAUAGAGCCAAUACCAGGACAACCAGGUGAAAGAGGGCGUCCCGGAGCCAAGGGGUUCAGAGGUCCCCCGGGCCGUCCAGGAUGUGGAGGCAUUUAUUGUGUUCCUGGUGAGCCGGGUGUACGAGGAGACGAUGGCGAUACCGGAUAUCCAGGAUUAACGGGAUACAAAGGAGAAAAAGGCUACAACGGUGAGUGUGAGUGUACGUACGAGAAUGGUCACAGAGGGAUCCCAGGUCCUCCGGGCCCCCGCGGACCCCUAGGGUAUGACGGGCUGCCAGGGCACAGCGGAGAGAAAGGUGACCAUGGAUAUAAUGGGGACCCUGGCUCACAAGGAUCCCACGGCAACCCAGGCAGGCCUGGUUACAAUGGAGUGAAGGGACAGAAGGGAGAGUCCUAUGUGACCAACUAUAAAGGUGCGAAGGGUGACCCGGGCUUCAAUGGCCCCAACGGACCGCAUGGCGCCACCGGUCGACCAGGAUCCGAUGGCUUCCCUGGCGCUGUGGGAGACCCCGGACCCCCGGGUGACGGUUACGGUGGCUUGGUAGGUGACAAAGGCUACCCAGGGCUCCAUGGUCCUGAAGGCCCCCCAGGCAGACCGGGCCCCCCAGGCCCUGGUGCUCCAGGCCGUCAUGGCCACCAAGGACCCCCAGGGGAUGUGGGCCUCCCAGGUCCCCCUGGACAAACUGGACAACCUGGACCUCUAGGCGAGGUUCUGCCCUGUGGCCCUUCCAACCCUGGCCUACCUGGCUUAAAGGGUCUACUUGGGCCCCCAGGGAAUCCUGGGCCACCAGGACCACUUGGUUUCCCAGGUCCCACAGGUUCCCUUGGACCUCAAGGCAUGAGAGGAGAUGACGGGACAGAUGGAGGAACUGGACCACCAGGACACCAAGGAUGUGUUGGAGAUAAUGGUGACCCUGGUCAACCUGGAAUCAACCUGGACGGACCACCAGGACUCCGUGGACCACCAGGCUCUCCAGGCUGGCAGGGACCUCCAGGAGACACCUUCAACACCGGACCUGGUCCCGUGGGUCCACCUGGACUACCUGGGUUACUGGGACCCAAGGGAGAUCCUGGUUUGCCAGGCAUCCCUGGGCCUCCAGGGGGAUCAGGCCCGUACGGGGGUGUGGGUUACAAGGGGUCAAAAGGAGACACUGGGGACCCAGGACCGAGCGGCCCUCCAGGGCCAACAGAAUGUAGAGAGAAAGGAGCUGUUGGCCCACCGGGAGCCUCAGGACCACCAGGAGUCAGGGGCCCAUCGGGUUUCCGUGGUGAUAAAGGACAUAAGGGUGCGAUGGGUCCUCCUGGACGUGGAGUGAAGGGACCAGCAGGGAUCCCCGGGCCUCCUGGUCCCCCGGGACCCGUUGGUGCCAAAGGUUUCAGUGGGUCACCAGGUGUCCCAGGCUUCCCUGGUGUAACAGGGACCAAAGGGCCCAGGGGAUAUCCUGGUAGAGAUGGGUCGGCUGUUCCUGGUACACCGGGUCGGCCUGGAAACCCAGGAUCCCGCGGGAGGCAAGGGGAGAGGGGUUUUACAGGACGCGACGGUCAGGAUGGAGACCAGGGGUACAAAGGAGCCAAAGGUCACAGAGGUCCCCCCGGAAGUCCUGGCCCAGUAGGAGUCAUAACCGUUAAAGGACAGAAGGGCUCUGAAGGACCACCAGGAGAGGAUGGCAUCACUGGAGCCAGAGGUUCCAAGGGCUCAAGUGGGUCACCAGGUAAACCAGGGGGGAAUGGACAGGAUGGUCCUCCUGGAUAUGAGAAAGGGCUCCCAGGACAACCUGGCAGACCUGGUCCCCCUGGACCACCCGGACCUCGAGGACCUAAAGGCUUGAGUGGUAUAGUUGGUUUCCCUGGACCAGUCGGUGAUAAGGGGGACCCUGGGCACACGGGCCCUCCUGGGAACCCAGGCCUUCCAGGAAUGACAGGCUUACAGGGUGACCCAGGAGACUCUAUAGGACAACCAGGACUACCUGGACCACCGGGUCCUCCAGGAGAAUGCAGAACCUUAGAUCCAAAGGGAGACCCAGGAGAUCCAGGGAGCCCAGGACCCAGAGGAUCACCAGGACAGCCUGGUGUCCACGGAGCCCGAGGACCACUGGGUGGCCCAGGUUUCCCUGGUCCCUCAGGUCCGCCGGGUCGUCCAGGCUCCCCAGGGCCUCCCGGAGGAAUUCUCGGAGGUCAAGGCCCCAAUGGCAAUCCUGGACUGCCCGGUCCUCCAGGUUUCCCGGGACCCCCAGGGUUGCAUGGUCUGAACGGGCUCCAAGGCCAAAAAGGAGAGAAGGGAGCCAGAGGACCAGAUGUGUUGGGCCCACGAGGGCCAUCUGGGUACCCUGGAGUCAAAGGCCACACAGGCUCCCAGGGACCCCCGGGAACUUCUUACCCCGGAUCUAAAGGCCUAAGGGGCCCUCCAGGCUACCAAGGACCAAAAGGAGUCACUGGUGAGCCCGGUGGUUCAGGUGGAGAGUGCUCAGAAUGUCACAGAGGACCCAACGGAGAGCCAGGAUACGAAGGCAUUCAUGGACCUCCAGGACCACCCGGUGAACCGGGUCCUGCUGGUACUGCAGAGCCAUCUCCAGGAGACCCAGGCCCCCAAGGGCCACCAGGGCCCAAUGGCCAUAAAGGACAGAGAGGCCCCCCAGGACCCCUAGGGCCAACAGACUACUCAGGAUCACAAGGACCCAAAGGUGCCAGAGGCCCUGUGGGUCACAUGGGCCCCAACGGAGCAAGAGGUCGUCCAGGCGCCUACGGCCUCCUGGGGCCCAAAGGUGACAAAGGCAAACCUGGGGAUGCAGGUCCCAAAGGCCUGCCCGGUCAGGUUUUGGACGGUGUCGUUACCACUCAGGAACCCUACCGUGGGAUCCAUGGCCCCUCCGGUCCAUCAGGUCCAAAUGGUCCCCCGGGAAAGGCUGGGCCCCGUGGGAACCCUGGGCCUCACGGUCCUAAGGGCCCAGCUGGGUCACGAGGGCCCCCAGGGAGAAAUGGACCUCCAGGUCCACCUGGACCUUUAGGAGACCCAGGCGAUCAUGGACAGCAAGGUUUUGUGGGACAUCAGGGUCCUCCGGGUUCUCAGGGUGACCGUGGCUACCCCGGUUCCACUGGCUCUGUGAGUUCAGGGUUCCUGCUGGUGAUCCACAGCCAGUCGGUGGAGGUCCCUGUGUGUCCCGAGGGCAGCAGCCCCCUGUGGACCGGCUAUAGCCUGUUCUACCUGGAGGGGCAGGAGAGGACACACACACAGGACCUGGGCCAGGCCGGCUCAUGUCUGCGUAUCUUCAGCACCAUGCCCUUCUCCUACUGCAACACAGGUACCUGUGACUACGCCAGCCGCAACGACAAAUCCUACUGGCUUUCCACCACCGCUGCCGUGCCCAUGAUGCCCGUGUCGGGCCACGACAUCCGCGCCCAUAUCAGCCGCUGUGCCGUGUGUGAGACACCCUCACCCGCUGUGGCAGUGCACAGCCAGGAUUAUAUCGCCCCCACCUGCCCCCCUGGGUGGAGAAGUCUGUGGGCAGGCUACUCCUUCCUCAUGCACUCUGGAGCGGGCGACGAGGGUGGCGGCCAAUCUCUGACCUCAUCCGGCAGCUGCCUGCGAGACUUCCGUGCCCAGCCCUUUGUGGAGUGCCAGGGCCCGCGGGGCACAUGCCACUACUUCGCCAAUGUCUACAGCUUCUGGCUGACCCAUGUUUCCCUGGACGAGCAGUUUGGCCCCAGUCCCGUCCCUAGCGUGUUGAAGGCUGCCGAUCAACAGCGCCAGCAGGCCAGCCGCUGCCACGUGUGUACCAAGGGCUGAACACCUUAUGUCACCUCCGAUUUCUAGUUUUGUUUUGUUGGUAUUUUGUAUGUUUAUUAGAUUGAGAGAGAAGAGCGUGUUCUGAAAAGGCAGUAGAACAGAUUUCAAUCCUUGCUGGCAGCGGCACAUCGUACAUGUGCUCCACACCACUAGACCACCCCAGGCCACGUCACCUCCUAUUUCAUCCAUAAGUCAAGUUGCCUCAUAAUAUGAUUACCAAACUACCCCGAUCCCCACUACAUCACUGUCACAAUGCUGUGCUAUGCUAGCCCUAUCAGUGCCCUGUCCCACUUGUCAGGGAUACAUACAAUCAUCAUCUAUUACUAUUUACCAUUUUUGACUAUGGUGGCUAGUUUAACGAAACCAUAGUGUGGAUUGCAGUCUAUACUAGUCCAUAGACCACUUUCAAGGGAAGGAAACAUCAAUCAAGUGUGGAGGAUGAUGUCAUUUUGCUGAACUAUCCCUUUAACUGACUUCAUAAUGGAGGCCAUUGGCCAGAUCAUAGACGGGUUGGUUGUUUAGCAACAAAACCGACGCGUGUGCAACUAAAGGGCAAAACAGACCGGGUUGGCUUAGAUGGUUGACAACAUGUAAACUAUAUUUCAUGUCCAGUGUUUAUUGAAAACAUAAAUUAAUGUGCUCAAUGGGCACUUGUUGUCUGAAAUACAUUACAGUUGUUGGUUAGCUAGUGAAUUUGAGCCAUAUUAGCAUCGACGUGACAGUCAAAACACCUCCAAAACAAGAGAAAAACGAGCCGCCUAGGAUUCCCCACAUAGCUGCUUUUUGUCAUUGUUGCUAUAGCUACAGUAUUUGGCCAUCCAGAAUCAGAACGACACACAGCGUUCUGCCCCAUUUAAAGCUUGCUCAUUGUUUUUGUGACUUUGUCCACUAACCCAUCUAUUGGCACAAUGGUUCAGCACUGAUCAACCUGCACUGAGCACCUCCCAGAUCAGGAAGUGACAGUGGACACUGGGAAAGGAGUAAGGCAUGUGAACACACUGGAUUACUCAGAACGCUCAUCAUUGGAAAACCAGCUAUUCACUCCAACAAAGACUACAGGCCAAAAGACACAGUAUGCCUUAAUCAGAAAUAAUCUUAACAUGUGUAGUUAAAAUAACCAAUAAUCUAGUAUUGUUGUAUCAAUAUCCAUGUCAUAAUGUUAGAAUUAAGCGACAAGGCGCCAGGGGUGUGGUAUAUGGCCAAUAUACCACGGCUAAGGGCUGUUCUUGGAUAUUGGCCAUAUAUCACAAACCCCCAAGGUGCCUUAUUGCUAUAAAAAUGUAUUGCUAAAAAAAAACGUGUUUACUGUUUAAUUUUUGUCGGUAACAAAUAUUUUUGUGUCAAUGCCGUGGUAUAUUGUCUGAUAUACACACGGCUGGAAUGCUGUUUCAGCCAAUCAGCAUCCAGGACCCAAACUACCCUGUUUAUAAUUUAUCAUUUAUACUACAGCUAUUACGGCUUUGAAAUGCACUGGUCCCAUUUAUUUUCUACAUCAUAACGGUUUUAUAUACCGGUUUUUAGUUGUGUAAAAUGAAAUGACAAAUUAAAUAGUUUAAUUUUAGUUUCUUGUGAUGUGACUAUCAAUUAUGUUCAUGUUGGUGCUGAUUAUUACAGUCGUGCUGUUAUUGUUUUGCAUUUCUUAUCAAAUCGAGCUCUGUUUGUAUUACAGAUACACAAAUGUCUUUACUCUUUAAAGUUUUAUCCAGAA